AUGCGCGCCCCGCCGCUCCUGCUGCUCCUGGCCGCCUGCGCGCCGCCCGCCACCGCCGUGGCCGCCCCGACGCCGCCCGGCUGGGAGCCCGCGGCCGACGCGCCCUGGUGCCCCUACAAGGUGCUGUCCGAGGGCCCCGAGGCGGGCGGCGGGCGCCUCUGCUUCCGCAGUCCCUCGCGCGGCUUCCGCUGCCGGGCGCCCGAUUGCGCGGCGCGCGCCUCGGCUGGGGGCUCGCUGCGCGCCAGCGUCCUGCGCAACCGCAGCGUGCUCCUGCAGUGGCGCCGCCCGCCGGGGCCCGCACGCCGCGCGCGCGCCUUCGCGCUCAACUGCUCGUGGCGCGGCGCCCACACGCGCUUCCCGUGCGAGCGCGUGCUGCUCGGCGCCGCCUGCCGCGACUACCUGCUUCCCUUCGUGCACGACGGCGUGCGCUACCGCCUGUGCCUGCAGCCGCUGCCGCCGCGCACCGAGCCCGCCGUGGCUGCGGAGCCCGCCGAGUGCGUGGAGUUCACGGCCGAGCCUGCCGCCAUGCGCGAGAUCGUGGUGGCCAUGACGGCCGUGGGCGGCUCCAUCUGCGUCAUGCUGGUGGUCAUCUGCCUGCUGGUGGCCUACAUCACCGAGAACCUCAUGAACCCCGCGCCACGGCGCCCCGGCCUGCGCAGGCAGGCCUGAAGCGCGGGUCCGGUCGGGGGCAGAGACCCUGGGCCCUGCGUGCGCCCUGCCCUCCUCGUCCCGGCCCUUUCUGAAGAUCUCCGGAGGGCCUGAUGGAGAUGCGUGGGGCGCACGGACCUCAGCAUCAUGCUUUCGUGGGGCAGCCAGGACCACCAGCCCCGUCCAGCGAGAGCCACUGGCGCCUGGAUCAUCUCCCUGAACUUGCGUCCUGUGCCAAGUUGUCAGAAGACAGGUCAUGCUCAUUGCUUGGUCACUUUGUGCUUUGCAGGUUGGGGGAGCGACCCCUUGGAGGCUACCUGCCUCCCUCCCUACCCCAGUGGGCUUAGGUUAGCUUUGUGCCUUAGUAUCUCAGGCCGCUGUGGGAGCCGCCCAUCGCCCCUCUGUAGUCCAAGGGGCUCUGUGCCAAGAUCAGGCCGGUGCAUGUUCUGACAGAAACCCCCGACACUCCCUCUUCCAGCCUUGUAGGUGCCUGGGGCAAGGGUCAGCCGGCCUCUCGUGUCUUCUGUGGGUGUGGACAAGCCGAGAGCCAUGACUUAGCUCAACAGGCUGGGCUCAGCGUCCAGCUGCUGCAUCAGGGGUGAGUGCCCCCCAACUUGGGGAGGCUGGCUCCUCCUUUCCUUUCGGGCUUUCUGCUUCCAUUGGGACCUUCUUGUGGGGAAUGUUGCUGGGGGGGGGGGUUGUUAGGAGAACAGCAUUGGAAGCCAAGGGCCGGAAAGCUGCCACCCUUCCCCAGCUGGACCGUCUGUGGUCUUUCCCAAGCCUCAGCCAAGCCAGGAAGCCUCAGUGGCCACAGCGUGACUAGUUGCACUGCCCCACCUUCACCUCCAUCCCUGGGGUGGGAGCCAGGAUCUGACCCCAGCAGUGCUGCCUGCCCAGCCACCCAGGACAGAGGCCAGCCUGCCCACCUGGCAGGCCUGAGCACCUGAUGGUGGACACUGGGAGGAGGGUGGCCCUGGCCAGCUCCCCAGGGGCCCCUGGGCUCCCACCUGGACUUCACCUGGCACCUGUUGGUCCCUGUGACUAAUCCCCCACCUCGAAACCCCGAGCCCUGGCUGGUGUCCUGAAGCACCCGUACCCUACCUCUGUCUUCGCUCUGCCUGCUCCCCUUGAGGCGCUGGUCAGGUGCAGACCUGGCACCCAUGUCUAAACGUGCAUCGUUCCCAGACCAAAAACAUGGUCUCGUGUGUUUAUUUGGGACACAGGUGAGAAGGCUGUGGGGUUAGGGAAGGAAAGGUGGACCCUGUGACCCUCUGGACGGCCCUGGCAGGGCCAGGCAAGAACAGCAAGGCCCUGUCCUUGCAGUCCUGGAGGACAGUGGAGCAUCCCCAGUGUCCCUCCAUCCUGACCUUGGGAAGCAUCUCUUCCUGGGCUGGCUGUGCCUGGUGCGGGUGAGGAGGCGGCACCUGAUGCAGUCAGAAAUAGCUCGUCUCAGUGACCCACUUGGGUUGUGACAGGCAGCAAUUAGGUGGCUUGGGAGGGACUCCUGGCCUGGGGCCUCAUCAGAUGGUGCUGCAGUGGGGGAGCAGGUGGAGCCUGCAUGGAACCUCAACCCCCAUCGCACUCUGAGCCCACUUGGGCUUCUGCCCACCCAGACCGCCCUUGAGAUCCCCUGGAGACCAUGACCUGAGGCUGCAGUGUGAGCAUAGGGGACAGGCAGAGCCAGCCGUGACCGUGACUCAUCCCAAAGAGUGGGGUGUGGUGAUGUGUCCCACAGCUGGGGCCCGAGGGAGGGUUCUGGGUCCCCAGGCUGUUGGAGGGGUGCAUGGGCAGUGUGUUCAGUAGUGCCCCGCUCCCUCAGGCGGAAGUGGGGAGCCCCCAGUGGAAGGCACCGCAGUACCAGCCUUUCGCUCUGGGGCUCUGGAGUGGGGCUUCCUGGGGCCUUGGGCUCGGCUGUCUGCCAGUCCAGAGGGCUUUGCAGAAGCAGUCUGCUUAGGGUUGGAGGGCACUCAGCGGCCCAGCCCCUCCAGGAAAAGCCAGCCAGCCUUGUGGGGGCACCCCACAGUUGUUCCACAGCUUCCUUCUUGGUGCAGUGCCCUUUGGGUGCUGGCCCCUCCUCAGCUUGGCAGCCUCUGAGCCUCUCCCACAGACCUCCAGCUCUGCCUCCUGGAAUUGCCCUCCCUUCGAGUUGGUUUGCCCUCUCCGUCUGUCUGGGUCUGUUCGGACUGGCCUCAGCCAUACCCAGACCGCUCCUCCAGUCGGGUGGAGCUGGCUGAUCUCCCUCUCCUGUGGCUCCUCAUGGCUUCCUUCUGCCUUGGAGGUGACUUCCAGAGGCUCUGGCCUGGUUCUCACUGGUGUCAGAGGUUCCUGUGCUUACACUUUCCCAGUGGGUGGAGGAGAAGUGGCUGGAACACUGGCUGUCACCCUGGCUCUGCCUCAGUAGCCAUGAGGCUGGGCAUAGAGUGCUCACCCUGCACGCACAGGCUCGGAGCUCUAUCCCCAGCACCACACACACCCAUACCCUAGGCAACCAUUCAGUGCCUGGUAGCCUCUCUCAGAUGAACACUGGCAGGACCAGCCAGGCAGAGAGGAGUCUGUCCUAGCUCUCGCUGUUCCCACUGCGAUCCCUCAGGGACAGCUUACCCCUCCUGUCUCCAAACCAGAAUCCUGACCUCCCUGCCCAGCCCCAAACCCUAUCUCCAUCUUCAGCAGCCAGGAGGAGCCACAGCUGUCCUCUGCACAUGGCUGGUGGUGGUGGGGUGUCGCCUUCACAGGGAAACAGGAUGUGAGGGUGCAGGGCACCCUCCCAAACCUCCCCGUGUCCUGCUCUUCAGAAGUUCCCGCUUCGAAUGAUGUCACAGCCACACCCUUCCGAGAAUACAGUUCAACUUUAGAGCCAACCCCGGCUACCAAUUCUGGUGGAUGUCAAGCUUGGGAUGUGGCUAGGGUAACAGAAACAACAAGUAAAUUUUUUUUUCUUGGUACGGGGAUGGAACCCAGGAUACUUUUUUUGUUUUGUUUUACGGAUCCGGGGAUCAAACUCAGGACCUUGUGCUUGCCAGGCAGGUGCAGCACCACUGAGCUAAAUCCCCGGCCCGAACCCAGCACUUUUGACACUGAGCUCCACCCUUAGCUCUUUUUACUUAUUCGAGGCAGGGUUAAUCAAGUCACAGUUUACUAGGUGGGUCUUGAAUUUGGGAUCCUCCCGUCAGCCUCCUACAGUACUGAGACUACGGGUGUGUGCCACCUAUUUGGAUUUUAAAUUCUGUUUUAUUUAUUUCUGAGACAGGGUCUUGCUAUGCAGUUCAAGCUGCCCUUGAACUCAAUAUGUAGUCUAGGCUGGCCUCGAACUUUCAGAGAUCCUCCUGGUUCAGCCCAAGUGCUGGGAUUGUGAGUGAGUGCCACCAUGCUAGGCUGCAUUUUAAUUUUGUUGUUGUUGUUACCAGGGAUCAAACUUGCAUUUUAAAUUUCAAUGGAACCUAAAUUUAAAUAAAGAGCCACAGCCAGCAGCAGUGACCCACGCCUGUAACCCCACUACUCUGGAGGCAGGAGGAGCAGAAGUCUGAGCCCAGCCUCAGCAAUUUAGUGACUUAGUGACAUCCUGUCUCAGAAGGGGGUGGGGAGGGGACAUAGCUCAGUGCAUAUGCCCUAGGUUUAAUCCCCGGUACUGAAAAAAAAGCCUUCAUUUUAGGCCAGGGGUGACAGAUGGCACAGCCUAUGAGCCCAACACUCAGGAGCUUUAGGCAGGAGGAUUAUAAAUUCAAGGCCAACCUGGACUACAGAGUGAGACCCUGGCUUAAAAAAAUUCUUAAUUUUGAUAGCAUCAGACUCAUUUUUCUCCGUGUUUUACACAUUUAGACACUGGGGCGGGCAUGGUAGAGUGUGCCUACAACCCCAGCACUCGGGAGGCUGAGGCAGGAGGAUCACCUCUUUCUGAGUCCGAGGCCAGCCUGGGCUACAUAUCAAGACCCUGUCUCAAAAAACAAAACAACAAAAGAAUUCACACAUCUAAGAAUAUAAAAAUAUUCCCCUAUGUUUUCCUACUGGUGUUAAUUUUAACCAUGUAACUUUAUUUAUUUAUUUUCCCGGUACUUGGGAUUGAACUCAGGAUCUUACCCUUACAAGGCAGGCCCUGCACCACUGAGCUAGACCUCAGCCAGCCAUUUAAAUUCAGAUCUUUAAUCUUGGUAGAGCCCACCUUUGCAGUGUGACGUAGUUCCAACGUUUUUUUUCAUAACAUUUUUUUAAAUUUUGAGACAGGGUCUCAUUAUGUAGUUCAGGCUGACCUUAAACUCACUGUGUAGCCCAGGCUGGGCUCAAACUCACAACAAUCCUCCUGCCUCAGCCUCCUGAGUGCUGGGAUUACAGGUCUGGGCCACCAAGCCCAGCUUAUAUACUAACUUUUAAAAGCAUCUGAAUUUACAGAUCAACUAUACAAUGUAAGAGGUGUUAAAUAUAUAUAUAUAUAUAUAUUUUUUAUUUUGGUACCAGGGAUCAAACUCAGGACUUUGUGCUUGCAAGGCAAGUGGUGGAACCACUGAGCUCAAUCCCUGGCCCUAAAUAUUCUUUAGUUGGUCUUUAGUUGGUAUUAUACAUACACUGCACUAAAAUACCUUUCAAUAAGUAAGAGGCAGCACUUUAUUUUUUUGGGUUUUGGUUUUCUUUCUUUUUUUUUUUUUUGGUUUUGGUUUUCUGAGACAGGGUUUCACUAUGUAGUUCCAAGGUUAGCCUCCACAUCUCGGCAAUCCUGCCUCAGCUUCCUGAGUGUGCCACCAUGCCCAGCAGGGCAGCAUGUUAGAUAAAAGGACUUCCAAUUAAAUUGGCAUUGGGCCGGGGAUUUAGCUCAGUGGUUCCACCGCCUGCCUCGCAAGCACAAGGACCCGAGUUUGAUCCCUGGUACCAAAAAAAAUGCUCACCAAUUAAAUUGGUAUAGUCAAGACCAAAAAUAUAGAUAUUGCUUCCUUGUCUUCAACCAUUGCCUCUAACAGGCUAAACAACACAAACUGAAACAGGAGAGUCCUUCUUGGUUCUGUGACAGUGAAUGAUUCCCCAGUGUGUAAACAUAGUCACGUAACCAGUUAUAACCCUAAAAGUCAACCCUCAGCAGGUUUGAGAUGACAUUCUCCACCUUUGCAAACAGUUGGACACCCAACCAUAUCUUUAGAAAGAGAAAACAGUAUUUACCGAGCUGGAAUUACUGUCAGAACUUGAGGGGCAGGGACAUAGCACAGCUGCGCCGUGCCUGCCUGUCAAGUGCAAGGUCCUCAGUCCGAGGGGGGGACUUGAGGGGGGGAAAAAGAUAUCCAUUCAGCUACAUGCCAAUUCCACAUAAACCUGGACUGUCAGCCUUUCAUGGUCUGGAUACUGGGUAUGAGCUCAGUUAUGGUGCACAUCAAAAAGCCACUAGAUGGGCCGGGGCUUUAGCUCAGUGGUUCCGCUGCCUGCCUCACAAGCAGAAGGACCCAAGUUCGAUCCCCGGUACCAAAAAAAAAAAAAAA